CAACCAAACUUAUCCUUUCCCAGUACAAAACACACCGUGAGGCGUCUAAGAGUGUCGGGAGUAAGAGAAAGAAAAAGACAAAAAAAAAAAAAUUAUGGGAAUCGUGGAGGAAGCUCACAACGUGAAGGUUCUGGGACGCGGACAGGAAUUUGUGGUUCUAGCCCACGGCUUCGGCACGGACCAGUCGGUUUGGAAGCACUUGGUUCCCCACCUCGUGGAAGACUACCGGGUGCUUUUGUACGACAACAUGGGUGCUGGAACCACAAACCCCGACUACUUUGAUUUCGAAAGGUACGCAACCAUCGACGGCUAUGCCUAUGAUUUGCUUGCCAUACUUGAAGCCCUUCAAGUCCAAUCCUGCAUCUUUGUCGGUCAUUCUCUCUCCGCCAUGGUCGGCUUAGUCGCUUCCGUGGUUCGUCCUGAUCUUUUCUCUAAGAUCGUCACGCUCUCCGCCUCUCCAAGGUUUUUGAACGAUGAGGAUUACUAUGGAGGAUUAGAACAACACGAAUUGGACCAACUUUUCGUAGCGAUAGAGGCGAAUUACCAAGCAUGGUGCUCCGGUUUCGCUCCGCUGGCGGUGGGAGGAGACUUGGACUCGGUGGCGGUACAAGAAUUCAGCCGGACGCUGUUCAAUAUGAGACCGGACAUAGCUUUUAGCGUUGGAAAGACUGUAUUCGAGUUCGACACGAGGCAGCUACUUAAGCAUGUAACCGUCCCCUGCCACAUUAUCCAGAGCGCCAAAGACAUGGCCGUUCCGGUUGUCAUUUCCGAAUACCUGCACCAGAAUCUCGGCGGCAAGUCCGUCGUCGAGGUAGUGUCGACCGAAGGUCAUCUGCCCCAGCUGAGCGCGCCCGACAUAGUUAUUCCGGUGCUUGUCCGACAUAUUCGACAUGACAUAGCUGAAUAAACCAAACAAAUAAAAAAUAAAAAAAUAAUUCCCUUCCGGAAGUUUUUAUUGUUUUCGACAUCGUUUUCGCUGUGUUAGGUCUCUAAGGUCUAAUCUCAGCUCUCAAGCUUGUUUGUUUGUGUGUGUGUUUUCUUUUUUGGGUAGAAACGUUUUCGUUGGGCUAGCUAAUUGAUGAACAGGAGCUAUAUAUAUAAAUACAUAUAUGAGAAGAAAUAGUGAGAACUAAUAAUUGAUUGAACAGUUGAAUUGAAA